UAUCCCAAAUCCAAAAUGGCGGUCACAACAUGGAGUCGUGUUGGAACUUUUCUCCGUUCUGUCGCCCAUUCUCAAUCAUUCGCCAGUACUCUCAGGCCCAUAUCAACAUCAGUAGUAACCCAAACAACUAGUGAUUCAAAAGGGUCGUUAAUGAGUCGUUUUUUCGGGUCCCAAAAGAUCGAAAGAGCCACUGAUGCUCAUUCAAAGACGCUGACAGAGAGGGAGACUUUGUAUGAAUUGGACAUUCAGCACAUCAAACCAGAAUGUAUUGAAGAUUAUAUUGCAUUAGUGAGUGAAACUCUUCCAAGAAUCAGCAAAGACUCUAACUUUCCAGGCGCACUGGUUGGUAGUUGGACCACAAUGUUUGGAAAACUAGAUCAAGCCAUUCAUCUUUGGAUGUUUACUGGUGGCUACUCAUCGGUUGUAGAAGCAAAACAGUACAUCAGAGAAAACCCGGAAUAUCUGAAAUUUGCCAGGGAAAGACGUCACAUGAUGUACAACCGUGAGAAUCAGCUUUUACAUGAAUUCCACUUCUGGGGGGAGCCUGUGCAACGAUCUGAUCCACAUAUCUAUGAGCUAAGAACCUAUCAUCUCAAGCCUGGAACAUUAAUUGAAUGGGGAAACAACUGGGGUCGUGCUAUCAAGCUGCGACAAGAGGAUAAUGAAGCAGUUGGUGGAUUUUUCUCACAGAUUGGUGAACUUUACUUGGUUCAUCACAUUUGGGCCUACAAAGAUCUUGUGACAAGAAAGGAGAUAAGAGAAAGUCUUUGGAAUAACCCAGGAUGGGAUGACUGUGUUGCUAAUACAGUGCCCCUCAUCAGAAAAAUGGAGUCUAAAGUGAUGGUACCUCUGCCGUUUUCACCCACCAAGUGAAUUGGCUGAUUCUUAUCCACUCCUUGCACUUGUACAUACCUACAGUCAGUAAUUGAUGUUCUCCAAUACUAACUCUUUCUGUUGGUAAUUUAAAAAUACGUUUUAUUUUCUGAAAUAAAGGGUUAAAAUUGUUUAGAAAAUAAA